AUGUCAAGCCAUCGCCAUUUGUCCCCCAGCCGUGGACGGCACUCUAUGAUGGAUCCCAUGCGAGCUUCAACUGGCACGGUCCAGAUGGCAUCCUCCUACGACCCGUAUGAUGCGCCCCGCCGCCACAAUUAUGAUGACUACCCGUCCGAUACUGGAUACGCCAGUGCCUAUGGGUAUCGUCCAGCGCGGGCAUCGACGCUGGAGGUCCACCCAGUCUCGUCUCAUCGAAUCCAUGACCCGACAGCAUCCGCCAAGAAGCGAACUGAGUACAGCGUCCAGCCCGCUAGGCAUAGAAGCAGCACCACAUCUGCAGCAGACCUUUACCCCCAGAUCCGUCUAGCAGCACCCCACACAUCCCGUCAUCACCUCUCACCUGUGCAACACCCAGCACAUCGACCUAUCCUGGGUCCUCUUCCAUCAGCAUCGGAGCCGCAUGUCGUCCCUGCUUCACCUCGACACCCCGCACACCUGCGCAUGCAAACCACCGAUUACGCCAGUGAUAAUGGACGCCGUGACCCGAGAGACGAUGGGAGACAUCGGACAGGUCAUGGCUCGCCGAGACAUUAUCCACCGUCCCACUCAGGACGUCAUCCAGCUUACGAUGGACUGAGAAAGGGUGAUGACAUUGACGAUUUCGAUGCUUACUCUUACACCACGCCUCGCGAGCAAUUCGACCGAGACUACCCGGUAAAGCCUCGUCCCCGCAACCACAGAUAUUCACUCGAUCGACCGAUGAGCAUCUCUGGGGCGGAAGACAGUCUCCAGUGGGUGGCACGAAAGGAACGCCCCCAUGGCCCACCUCCAACUUCCUGGGGAUUUGAUAAGAUCCCCCGAGAGCGACAACGAAGCUCCACCCGCAGGCGGGAUGACCAUCGUGAUGCCCAUAGGCCUAAAGAAGGGGCACAUGACCAGGCUCUAGUCGCCGUGCCUCAUGAUUCUGACGAGGAGUACUUUCCUCGUCAUGAGCGCUCCCAUCGCCGUCACCGAAGACACCAUGAAAGCGACCGAGACCAUCAAUAUGGAGACCACCACACGAAGCCGCAAGAAAGCGCCUCACUGACCGCAAUGGGACUUGGAACGGCGGCUUUAGGCGGGGGGUAUUCCGACGUCGAGGACUUCGAGCAUCACCGUCCAUCAAGGCGCGUACACAGACGUGCCCAUGACGAUCGUGAAGGCCGUGGCCAUGACACUGCACAGCCAACAUCCCGGGAGCUGGUAACGGCAGUGCCUAGCACCGAAAGGAGCAACCAAGGCUACCUAGACCCAGAAGACGCUCACCGUCACGAUCGGCGGCGACGCUCUCGACGACGAACACAUCACAAUGAUGCGGACACGUCCGAUGAUGACUUGAAGAAUUACAGGAGGGAGGCCGCUGCGCCAGCACACCCGCGCCAGUCGACCAACAGUAGCACGGAUACUUUUGAGAGUGAGCGUGAUCACAGCCGUGAGCGCUCACGGCAUCGCAGACAUCGGGACCACUCGCGUGGACAUCGGUCGUCUCGCUCCCGCCACCGCUUUUUAGAAGAUGGCACUUCUAGCGAGCCACGUCGUUCGCCGCCUAAUGACAUGUCCAAGGAUGAUCCCAGAAGGCUGGUUGCGGUCGAACCACCAGUUGGUCCAAAGGAGCCUGAGGCGCCUCCUAAGGGAAUUCUCAAGGCCCCUCGUGAGGCCUUCCCUGAAGAACCCAACCCAGUGAGAGAGGGGGUGGCUCCCCUCAAGGAUGCUACCAAAGAGGGCAUCCCGCCAGGCGCUCGCUGGACGAAGAUCGACCGGCGGCUGGUCAACCCGGAGGCACUGGAAGCAGGCAAUGAGCGAUUCGAGGAGCGGUCGGACUAUGUGAUUGUGCUGAGGGUGUUGACAAAAGAAGAAAUCCAACUAUAUGCUGUGAAAACACAAGAGAUCAGAGGUGAGUGCAACUGCUCUUGUUCUAUUCUUAUUGAGGCUCGCGAGCCCUAUGACGAGACUGUUUACUGA